AUGGAUGCUUCCUCUUCCAUGUGUGAAGUCAUUGAAAGAUGGGCUAGGUUGGAGGAGAAGGUGAGAAUUAAAGGAGCCUUUCUGUUGUGGAGUAUGUGGGGUGAACGUAACAACAAGGUGUUUAAUGACAAGACCACACCACACCAAGUGUUGCUGUCACGCGUUGCAAGGUAUGUAGACGAGCAAGGAAAAUAUGCCCAGACCAUUUAUAUGCGCAAGCCAAGCGAGCCUGCUGGUAGCUCGAAGAGGUGGUGUGUUCCACCUGAUGGUUUGUACAAAAUUAACGUGGAUGUAUCGUUAGCAGUAGAGGGCUGGAUUGGGCUUGGAGUCAUUGCCCGAAAUCAUGAAGGAGGUGUUCUGUUUACAACUACUCGGCGGGUCCGGGCGCAUUGGACUCCGGAGAUUGCGGAAGCGAAAGCUAUAGAAUGGGGCGUGCGUUUGGGCCGAAGGUUUGGGCUUCAAGAUAUCAUUCUUGAAUCGGAUUGCCAAUCUGUCAUCAACCGACUUUCGAAGAAUGCCAUCUAUUUGUCUGAUCUAGAUAAUGUUUUGACUAAUAUCCUAGUUUCUUGUGCUAGUUUUUCUUCCUUUCAUUGGUCUCAUGUUAAAAGGGACGGGAAUUUUGUGGUGCAUCAUUUAGCUAAGUUAAUUCCUUUCGGAGUUGAACAGAUCUGGGAGAACCACUAUCCCUCGGAAGUGGCUCCUUAUGUUUUGAUGACAAUUUGUCCCUUGAGUAAUGCCACUUUAUCCGUUUCCCCCUAA